UUGAUAGUCUGUGCCCAAUAUCACUUUUUUAUUCCCCUUUUUCCCCCUCUCAUUUCUCUUCCUAAACCCUAACAUUUCUCUUCCUUCACUGCACACUCUGAUAAAACUCCUACUCUCUCUCUCUCUCUCUCUCUCUCUCUCUCUCUCUCUCUCUGAUAAUACUGCUAGUCUAAACCCUCUCUCCCUCUACCUUCCCCAUCCCUCUGCACUUCAGUUUUUCUCUCAGUUCUCCAGCUUUUACACAACUUCUCCUUUUCCCAAUAACAAAUAUUUUCUCUUUUUUAGGGUUUCAGCUAUAAAAAAGCCUCAUCAACUUAUUAGGAUGGAUAUUGACUUUCUGAAGUCCGCAUCACAAGAUCAAAUUGACAUGAUCAUGAUGCAAAUGGAAAAGCUCCCCGACUUCUGCGGUGGGCCCUACACCGACCUCGGGGUCCAGCUUCCGCCGGGAAUGGAAUUCCCCGGCGGAAGCAGCAGUGGCAGCAGCAGCCAAGGCCACGUCUUGCCAUUCACAGAUAACUCUUCGCCUACGGGUAUGAAUCUACCGUCCACCCUGUCUUUUUCCGGCGUCCAAGAAAUAUCCGGCGGAAGGUGGAGAGGCGGCGGCGGAGGCGAGUUCCCCGAGGGAUUAGGCUUUCCGUCUCAAUCGCAGAAGCGGAAUUCGAUGGCAGCGAUGAGGGAGAUGAUAUUCCGCAUAGCGGCGAUGCAGCCGAUACAGAUCGAUCCGGAGGCGGUGAAGCCGCCGAAGAGGCGGAACGUUAAGAUAUCGAAGGACCCGCAGAGCGUGGCGGCGCGCCACCGGAGGGAGAGGAUCAGCGAGAGGAUAAGGAUUUUGCAAAGACUCGUCCCCGGCGGGACCAAGAUGGACACUGCUUCUAUGUUGGACGAGGCGAUUCAUUACGUGAAGUUUUUGAAGACUCAGGUGCAGUCGCUCGAGCGAGCGGCCGCAAAUCGGCCGGCGACCGGGUUAGGGUUUCCGGUGGCGGUGGGGAGCGGAGGGUUUGUUCCGGUGGCGAAAGGCUUUCAAUUAGGAAGUCAAGGUGUUCAGCAGUAUGCGGAUGGUUAGAGAGAGAGAAAGAGAGAGUUGAGUUAAGUAGCUCUUUUUAGUACGAAUGGAUUUGGCACUAGUUCGUGUUCAUUUGUGGGGUUGUAAAGGGAAGAGACUGUUUGAUUGUUGUUGUUAUGAUCAUAGUCAACCCUUAGGCUUGUAUGCCAUGGUACGUAGUACCUUAAUUUCUUGGAAAUAAUUACAAGCAGUGAAU